CACAGUCAAGAGAGAGAGAGAAAGAAAGAGAGAGAGGGACCGAGGGGUUUCAGAAGGGUUUACUCAUCCUCAUCCAGAAAGCGCUCUAACAGACAUAUUGCUGUCCAGGACAGUCUUUUCUUGGUGAUCCAGGGACACAGAGCAGCUACUGAGGUCUAAAGGCCUUAAAAGAGAAUGGGAAUCAUGCUGCUGGUGGGAGUGUGUGUGCUGGUGGCAUCUUUGGGUCAGGUUAUGAGCAGCCCCCAGUCGAGGAAAGAGAACCUGAACCCAGUCGUGCUGUAUCCCUGGAGGACAAAGACUGCAGGUUUGAGCCGAGUAAAGAGAGACUGGAUCAUUCCGCCUAUCCGUGUUUCUGAGAACAGCAAGCAGGUCCCUGAGUACCUGGUCCAGAUCAAAUCUGACAAGAUUUUCACUGGAGAGGUGAUCUACAAGCUGGAGGGCCCCGGGGUCGACCAGGAGCCUAAGGACCUCUUCGAAAUAGAUGAUAAAACAGGAUGGAUUAAGAGCAAGAAGCCCCUGGACAGAGAGACUCAUAAGAGCUUCACGCUUAAAGCCUUCGCCCUGUCACCCAGUGGAGAGCGACUGGAGAACCCCACCACCAUCGAGAUCUACGUACUGGACCAGAAUGACAACAGACCGACCUUUACCAAAGAAGAAUUCAUUGGCUCUGUGCCAGAAUUCUCCAUUCCAGGUACUUCAGUGUUGACUGUAUCAGCAACAGAUGCUGAUGACCCCAACACAGACAACUCAGUGCUGAGCUACUCCAUAACAGCUCAGGAGAGCUUCCCACCUUUCAGCAUCAACAAGACCAUGUUCGGCAUCAACAACGUAACAGGAGUGAUCUACACCCGAGAUGUGGGACUGGACCGAGAUAUGGUACAGGCAUUCCAGCUGACCCUGCAGGUGGCCGACAUGUCUGGAAUGGGCCUGACCAGCACAGGACGAGCCAUCAUCCACAUCACAGACAUCAACAACCAUGCUCCACAGUUCAACCCUAAAACGUACACAAUGUUUGCCAUGGAGAAUAAAGUGGGAGAGGAUGUAGGCAGAGUAAAUGCAACAGAUAAAGAUGAGAAGAAUGGUGACAACUGGAGGAUUACUUAUUCCAUCAUUAAAGGAGAUUCUUCCGGCAAUUUUGCCAUACGGACAGACCAGGUCACCAACCAGGGAAUAAUCUCCGUAGUGAAGCCCCUGGACUUCGAGUCACGAGCAGAGUACCAGCUCACUGUGCGAGCAGAGAACGAAGUCCCUCUGAGCAUUAAAGCUCCAUUUGUUCGGACCAGCACGGCUAUCGUCACCAUCAAAGUUCUCAAUGAGAAUGAAGCGCCACGUUUUAAUUCGAACCCCAUAGAGGUGUCUAUCCCAGAGUCUGUUGAACCAGGGACUGUCCUCAUCACUAGUAUCGCUCAUGAUGCUGAGAAUUCCAAGCUCAGAUUUGAAAUUAUUCAAGAUCCUGAGAAAUGGCUCUCGAUCAACCAUGAAACUGGGGAUAUUUCAGCCAGGAAGAACUUCAGCCUCCGCUCCCCAUACAUCAAGAAGAACAAGUACAGGGCAGUAGUGAAGGUCACAGACAUGGAUGUGGGCGGGACUUCCAUAAUGGCCCCUCUGGAGAUUACACUGUGGGAGACCAAUGACUUCCCCCCUGUGCUUGUCCCUUUGAGUGGCAUCCUGUGUAGUAACAGAGAGAGACAUAGACUCGGCCUGCUGAUCAGCGCUGUAGAUGGUGACCUCGCCCCUCAUGCUGACCCCUUCAGCUUUCACCUGGCUGAUGGAGACAUGGCAUCCAACUGGACUAUCAUACAGCUCAAUGAGACCCAUGCAAUGCUGCAGCCUGUGAUAGAUAUAGACCAGGGGGAGUUCUCCAUCCCCAUUACUGUAUCAGACUCGGGUUCGCCUUCUCUCUUCUCCAAUGCCCUGUUGAAUGUGACGGUGUGUCCAUGUGACAGGGCUGGACAGUGUAUGAGUGUCACAGCUGCGGCCAUUUUUGGAGCUAGAGUGGGCAUCAGCUUUAUUGCCCUUAUGAUCAUCAUGGCCAGUGUGGCUUUUCUGUUUUUGUUGCUGCUACUUGCUGUGGCGGUGAGGAGCUGCACCAGACGUGGUGUUAAGAAAGGAGGAGGCCUGCUGAUUGGCGAAUCAGCUGAUGAUGUGCGUGACAAUGUGUUCAACUACGACGAACAGGGCGGAGGAGAGGAGGAUGAGGAUGCCUUCAACAUUGAUCUCCUGAGGACCCCUAAUGACAUGGUUCUUCCCCCAGAAUCCUUCAGUCAACCAGGACCCGGUUUUCCUAAUUGGAAGCAGCCACUCCGAAAGGAUGCUCCGUAUAACCUACCCUCGCCUGCGUACCCACGCAAACCUCAGGGAGAACCCACUGACAUUGAGGAUUUCAUCGGUGAUUGUCUGGAUGUUGCGGACAACGACCCCAACGUUCCUCCGUUUGACACAGCUCUGAUCUACGACUAUGAAGGAAACGGUUCUCUGGCAGGCAGCCUGAGCUCCCUCGCCUCCUCCAGCUCAGACGAGGACCAGGACUACGACUACCUUAAUGACUGGGGACCACGCUUCAAGAAACUGGCUAACAUGUACGACCCCCGCUAGUUACCCUGUAGCUAUAUACUCAGAGCUUCACGUUCAUAAAUUCUCACCAAAACCCUCCUGGUUCAACAUUCCCCCAUCACGUACAUUUGGGGUCGGUGACGUAGGCACUACUGAUGAGGAUGGAUAUGUGUGUGUGUAUGGAUCAUCGAUCGAGAAUCUGCAGAAGCUUUUCAAAUUGGCCUCUGGUGUGUUCUUUCGAAAAGGUCAACGCUGUCAUGUGAGAGACGGACGGCUCGAGCUGUUUUUUUUCUCCCGCAGUGCCGUUAUGGAUCAGUGAGUUAUUUCAGCAGACUGACAUGACAGCUCGUCUUCCACCGAAACAAAGGCAGACAGCGAUCAGUGCAUACUAAUGAGACAGAAGUGACAGAACCCAGUUUUCUUUAAAGAUUCAUAAUAACUCCGUUCUUAGUGAGCUUUAGCACUCUCUGAUACAAUUCUCUAUAGUAUUUCCUUUCCUGGGUAUCUGCAAAUGUAGAUGCUUUCCUGCUGUAACACACUUGAAUCAGCAUAUGAAGCCCUUUACAUGUUAAAAGUCAAAUUUGGCUUAAAAGAUAAAAUUAUACAAUUACCAGAUCAGCUAAGACCGUGUGCUUUCUGAAUUCUCCUUCAUUACGUUAGAAGUAGAGUGUGUUUGACCCAGAGCUUUCAGAUGCUUUUAACUUGUUUAUAACAAGAGUAAAUUUUGUAUAUUUCUCUCAACCACACGAGAAAACACUAACAUUUGCUGAUGAGUUCCAAGACUGGAAUUAGAAACACAUCCUUAAUAUUAGGAUUUUGCAGAACUCCUUCACAGUCACAGUCAGGCUUAACAAAUUCGUUCAUUCACUCAUAUUCAAUAACGUGUUAUCCUGGUCAAAAAAAAAACACACUCACAGUUACAUUCUCACACACAUUCACAACUAAAGACAAUUCAGCAUAACCAGUUCAGGUAGGAGGAAACCGGAGAACCUAAAGGAAACCCAAAUAGAAAUGGGAAGAACAUGUGAAGCACCACACAGCUCAGGAUUUAACUGCCCCUGGACCUUCUCAACCAUAUUUUUGUCCUGGUUUAACACAGCCAACACCAACAACAGCCAGGUCUGAUUCGAGAACAACUAACGCAGUGUGAACUUGUAAAUGUAACCAAAUUUCAGGAAUGUUUUCUGCAGGAUUUAAAACAAAGCAAAAUAAUGUAGAAAUGUUUGAAACAGCCUUGUUUUAAAGAUGGCACUAUGAAAUGGUUUUCUGAGAAAAGGAACAUUGUAAGUUGUAACAUUAUAAUGCAUUAUUCAUGAAUUUUGUGAUACUUUUUUUUAUAUGAUUGUAUAUAGAUUUGCAGUUUUUGCCACCUUUAUCCAUCAUCACUAUUCACAGGACAGUAUUCAUUUAUCUUCCUGAAUAUUUUACUCACAAAAAUACAGCUAUAAUUCCUUUUUUUUUUCCUUCUUGGUUCGUUAGUGACUCUUU